AAUUUUAACUCAGUACCUAACAUAACUGAAAAGAAAGCGAGAGAUAGAGCUCUCAAAGAAGAAGAAGAAUUAAAGAGAGAAAUGGUAGUGGGAAAGUACCACUGCGACUACUGCGACAAGCAAUUCCAAGACACCCCUUUCGCUAGGAAACGCCAUCUUCAAGGCGUUCAACACCUCCGUGCCAAAUCUCUUUGGUACGAUUCCCUCUCUGCCCAAGUCAGCCAGCAGUCUUUCCCUGAAGGGAAGAAGGGUCUCUGCCAUCAGUUCAUCAAAACGUAUUCUUGCCCAUAUGGUGAUUCUUGUAAAUACCUUCAUUUCAAGGUCAGCAAUCCACAAAAAGCAGAGACUCAAGCUACUGGCUUUAUAGAUAAUGCUCAGUCAUCAUCAGUUGAUCCAAGAAUUCAAUUAGUUGGUGGAAGCUCUUUGCCUGGUGAUGUGGUGAGAGAUAGUAUGGGAAUGUCAUGGGGCAAUCUACCUCCAUCGCUAAAGCCUCCUCCAGAGGGGGGAUAUCCACCUCCUCCCUUUGUGGAUUGGGGAUAGCGCUGCUGUUUCAUUUAGUCAUACCUUUUUUCAAACUCGUAAUAUGAAAGCUGAGAUAUAGUUUCUUGUCAUGUCAGUUAGAUUAAGCGUAUUCUUCUGUAUCUACUACUUCAAUUCUGCAAUGUGGUUCCUGUAGUUACAUACCCUCCUCAGCUAUGGAUUGUUAUGGACAGAUUUUGCUUGCUUAUAUUUUACUCUCACGGUGUGGGGCAUUGGAAAAUUCAGUAUCUAUGUUGUAUGCUUGUCUUAUUAAUAGAGACCUUUAAAUCCAACGGUUGAAUCCUAGUUUGCUUGUGCUAGAUUAUACUCUAUUGCUAGUUUUAUUAGAAUAGCUGUAUUGUGUUCUUUACCCUUGUGCUGU